AUGGCAUCCACAGCGCAGCCAAUGGAAAAGGACCUCCACGGCGUGAGCACCAUCCAAAAGAUCAUGAAAGAAGCGGUGCAGAUGUCGCAAAAGGAAGAAGUGGAGCUAGUCGCCAUGCUAAAGAAGAAGGGAUAUCGCGACAUUUUCCGUGAACAGGCUGAGAAGUAUUGCGAAGAGACCACCAUCCAUGGUGUCAAGUACUUGGCCAGGGAGAGGUCAGCUAAACGCUGGUACUGGGGCGUCAUUGUGCUGGGCACGUUCUGCUCAGCGUCGUUCCUCAUUUACGGCGUGGUGGACAACUACUUCCGGUCUCCGACACUGGUCAGCAUUGAGACGACCGACUACCCGGUGCACCGGAUCCCUUUCCCGGCGCUGACCAUCUGCAACCUGAACAAGAUCAGCAACAGCAGCCUGCCGCCCGACCAGCAGACUGUGCUGGGAAGAGUCGUGUACCCGAACGAGACCGAGUGGCGUCAGCGCGUGCUGGACGCUCUGGAGAUCGCCUACAUGGACUCGUGCGCCGGCGGCCGCUGUCCCCUCUCGGCCGACUCGUGUGAGGGAGACCACUGCCUCCCCUCGGCAGAAACCCGCCGCAGAACACAUGACAUACCUCCGGAACAAGUCCGGAAAAUCAUGGCGAUGACUUCACCGUCGUGCGAUGAGAUGGUCGUCGCCUGUCUCUGGAGAGGCCGGAAGACACCAUGCUCGAAACUCUUUAAAACGCAACGGACCGACCUCGGCUACUGCUGCCUGUUCAACGCGCACUACGACAGCGCCAAGCAGGACGGGGUACUGUACAGCGGCUCCGGUAACAAGAACGGUCUCACCGUGAUGAUCGACGUCAAACGCUACGAGUACUACCUCUCCCAUUUUCUAUCCGUCGGGUUCAAGAUUUUAGUUCACGGAACUCACGACGAGCCGGAGGUGCGUCAGCGAGGAAUGGCCAUACCGCCGGGACAGGAGAUUUUCGUGGCCGUCACUGCUGAGGAGACCUACACCACAGCGCGUGCCGAGUCCAGUUUCACGCCGGAGGAGCGGAACUGCUACAUGGAGCACGAGCGAGCGCUGCGGCACGCCGACACCACCUACUACACGCUGGCCAACUGCCUGCUCAGCAGAGAGGCCCAGGCGCUGGUCGACCGGUGCGGCUGCGUGGCCUUCUACAUGCCAGGAACCGCCAAAAUAUGCCAUGAAAAAGAUUUACCGUGUCUUCAGACGUUCUUGCACCAUCUUUCUCGAGACUUCAACCUGUCGGCUGAGUUUUGGGAGCACUGCCUACCAGCGUGCGACGAAACAAAGUAUUCCACAGAGCUCUCGAGCUCACUUUUCCCGAGCCAGGAACUGAUCAAGAACGAGGCUUUCAGUGAUAUUUUCAAGGCAAUCGUCACCAGAAUGUGUGCAUCUCUGAUCGGCGUAACCCAGCAGCAAUCGAAGGAGUGUUCUCUGAUCCUGGCGGGGAAGGGGGCUGAAGAGCUCCUGGCCAACGACUCGCUGACGGAGCCGCUCUACCCCCUGGCCGUCAACUACGCUAGGCUCAACAUGGCCAAGCUGCACGUUUUCUUCAAGACGAACUCGGUCACGCGGUACAAACGAGACUUGAUGUACACCAUCGACCAGAUCAUAGCCAACAUCGGCGGACUGCUCGGACUCUUCAUGGGCUUCUCGCUGGUGACCUUCUUCGAGCUGAUCUACUAUUUCGUGCUGAACCUGAGCCCGGGGUCGCGCGGCUCCGGAGGCCGAGUGGCUCCCACCGCGAGCCCGCGCCCGGCGCCCGCCCAGGCGCCCUCGCCAGACACCAGAGAGGGCGCUGGCGCCCCCGUGGGCUCUGGUGCGCCCCCUGGCUGA